AUGUUGAAGGCCUUGCCUUCGUUAGUGCGAAAAAUGUCCAAUUCUGUUGGCGAGAAGGCGGGCAGAAUGAUAUGGAUUGAUUGCGAAAUGACUGGACUAGAUUUUGAGAAACAAACACUAGUUGAAAUAGCUACUAUAGUCACAGACAAGGAUCUCAAGAUCAUUGCUGAAGGUCCAGACGUAGUAAUACAUCAACCAGAAAAGGUGCUAGACACGAUGGAGGAGUGGUCAAGAGAUACGUUCACAAAGAAUGGGUUACUGAAACGGAUUCGAGAAAGUACCGUAUCUCUUUCAGAGGCAGAAGAAAUUGUGCUGAAGUUUUUGGAAAAGGAAACCGAAAAAGGAGAAUGCCCUUUGGCUGGAAACAGUGUGAGCGUCGAUAGAUGCUUCAUAAACAAGUAUAUGCCGCGUUUGGGUGAACAUCUGCAUUAUCGUACCAUUGAUGUAUCUACUGUGAAAGAGCUUGCAAGAAGAUGGUACCCGGACAAAUUUUCCAAGGCUCCGCGAAAAAAGUGCACUCAUCGUGCAUUAGAUGAUAUCCGUGAAAGCAUAGAGGAGCUUCAGUACUAUCGAUCUGCCGUUUUUCGUGAUCACUAAAUUGAGUAAAGCGAUCUUACAAGGAAUGGAUACUUGGUCGAAGUGGGGUUUCGAUAAAAAAUGCAC